GAUAUACGUAAAGUGAAUGGGCAACAAUAUCCAACGUAUAAAGAUGCAUGCCUUGCACUCGGCUUGCUGGAAGACGACAACCAGUGGGAAUGCAUGCUUGCUGAAGCUGCAUUGAACUGUACAGCAAUACAAAUUCGUCUACUAUUCGCUAUAGUGUUGACUACAUGUUUCCCAGCCCGAGCACAGAUAUUAUGGGAAAAUCACAAAGAUUCAAUGACUGAUGAUAUAUUGCAUCAACAUCGUAUACGGUGCCACGAUCUAACCAUAACAUUCAGCGACGAAAUGUACAAUGAAGCAUUGAUUGCUAUUGAGGAUCUUUGCAUUGUCAUUGCCAACUUACCACUUAGUAAUUUCGGUAUGAAUUCGCCAAAUCGAACUGCAUCUGAUUUAAUGAAUACUGAAAUGAAUCGUGAACUGCAGUACAGUACUGUAGAAAUGGCAGCGAUUGUUGCCCGCAAUGUCCCACUAAUGAAUGAGGAACAAAGAACCAUUUAUGAUCGCAUUAUGCUCGCAGUUUCAGCUGGACAAGGUGGGUUCUUCUUUUUGGAUGCACCGGGUGGAACUGGCAAAACAUUCGUUAUUUCGCUAAUUCUUGCUGAAAUACGAUCAAAUAAUGGCAUCGCAUUGGCCGUUGCAUCAUCGGGCAUUGCAGCAACUUUAUUGGAUGGAGGUAGAACAGCUCAUUCAGUAUUUAAGCUGCCACUAAAUAUUCAGAAUAACCCUGACGCAGUAUGCAACAUUAAGAAACAAUCGUCCAUGGCCACUGUGCUGAAACGGUGUAAAAUUAUUAUUUGGGAUGAAUGUACUAUGGCACACAAACAUUCACUUGAGGCGUUGAACAGGACAUUGAAAGAUAUUAAAAACAGUGACAAACUAUUUGGCGGAACUCUGUUGGUCCUUUCAGGUGAUUUCAGACAAACACUUCCAGUCAUUCCACGUUCAACAUACGCUGAUGAGAUCAACGCUUGCUUAAAAUCAUCUCCAUUGUGGCGUAAUGUUGAAAAAUUACAGCUAAAAAUAAAUAUGCGCGUUCAAAUGCUUCAAGAUCCAUCCGCUGAAACAUUUUCAAAACAACUCUUAGAUAUCGGUGAUGGAAAAGUUGCUAUAGAUGAAACUGGAUACGUAAAAUUACCGACCGAUUUCUGCACAAUCGCUGAUUCGCAAGAUACUCUCAUUGAACAAAUAUUUCCCGAUGUACACACACAGUACAUAAAUCAUGAGUGGCUUGCAGAAAGAGCGAUUUUAGCGGCAAAAAAUGUAGACGUUGACAAUUUAAAUCUGAAGAUACAAAUGUUGUUGCCAGGGAACUUGGUAUCAUAUAAAUCUAUUGAUACAGUUUGCGACGACAGCGAAGCAGUAAAUUUUCCCACAGAGUUUUUGAACUCACUGGAUUUGCCAGGCAUGCCACCGCAUAAUUUACAAUUAAAGGUUGGAUCUCCAAUUAUCUUGCUUCGUAAUUUGAACCCGCCCCGGCUGUGCAACGGUACGCGAUUAGUCAUUCAAAAAUUAAUGAAAAACGUGAUCGAAGCCAGGAUUUUAAAUGGCAAGUUCAGAGGUGAAAAUAUACUCAUACCACGGAUUCCUAUUAUACCUACAGAUGUGCCAAUUCAAUUCAAACGUAUUCAGUUUCCGAUUAGAUUGGCAUUUGCAAUGACUAUCAACAAAUCUCAAGGUCAAACGAUGUCUGUUUGUGGAUUAGAUUUGAGAACACCAUGUUUUUCACACGGACAAUUAUACGUGGCAUGCUCUCGAGUGGGUAAACCAUCCAGUUUGUUUGUGUUAGCUAAAGAUGGACUAACAAAAAAUAUUGUUCACGCUAUAGCAUUAAGAGAUUGA